AGGUGCGCGCGCAGGCGGCCCGGAUCCCGUUUCCCCUCCCCCCGCCUCUCCCGCCCGCCCGCCGUGUUGUGGUGGCGGCUGAAGCUUUGCGAUAGCAACGGCGGUGACUGAGCGGCUCCCCCGUCCACCUGCCCACCCACCCACUCACCCACCCAGCCAGUGAGCGAACCGGGCAGUAGGCGGUCGAGUCUGCAGCUCCGGCAGACUUGCCCGCACGCCCUCCCGCACCGAUCAGCCUCCGGAUUUACCCGCAGUCGUGGAUGCCGGAGCGCAGCGUGUGACAGAGGGGAUCUGAAGCGAGUCGAGCGGCGUCCUCAUCAUGUCCAUGAAGCAGGCCAACAGCCGAAAGCCUGGCGGUGGCCUGGGCGCCGGUGGAACCGGAGGAGGAAGCAGGCAGUCUGGCGGCAGAGGACGCAGCAGUGGGAAAGGACCUCCACAGCCUACAAUUCAAUAUGAUGGAAUAUAUGCAAACAUGCGUAUGGUUCAUAUUCUUACAUCAGUUGUAGGUGCAAAAUGUGAACUAAAAGUGAAAAAUGGUGGAAUGUAUGAAGGAGUUUUUAAAACUUACAGUCCUAAGUGUGACUUGGUGCUUGAUGCUGCUCACCGAAAAAAUUCAGAAUCCAGCUCGCGAGAACUGGGCCCAAAACGUGAAGAUAUUGUUGAAAGUAUCAUUUUUAAAUCUGCAGAUGUUGUAAUGCUGCAUUUUAAAGAUGUAGAUUUAAAUUAUGCAAGAAGAGAUGCGUUUACUGAUGCUGCCAUUGGCUCUAGACUAAAUGGUGAGCACAAAGAUAAAGAUCUAGAACCAUGGGAUGGUGGUGAUAGUACCAAUGAAGAUUUGGAAGCUCUGGAAGCAGAUGUGUCUAAUGGUUGGGAUCCCAAUGAUAUGUUUAGAUUUAAUGAGGAAACUUAUGGAGUAAGAUCAACCUAUGACAGCAGUUUGUCUUCGUACACGGUACCUUUGGAAAGGGAUAAUUCUGAAGAAUUUUUACGACGGGAAGCAAGAGCAGCUCAGCUUGCUGAAGAAAUUGAAUCAAGUGCCCAAUAUAAGGCAAGGGCUGCAUUAGAAAACGAUGAAAGGACAGAAGAGGAGAAAUAUACAGCUGUACAAAGAUCUCCCAAUGAGCGUGAAAGCCAUGGUGUCAACUCUAGAGAAAAUAAGUACAUUCCACCAGGCCAAAGGAAUAGGGAUGGAAUGUCAUGGGGAAGUACACGACAGCAUUCACCCAGAAUUGGACAAUCUGGUUCAGGCCCACCACCUUCUCGAGCUGGAUCUCAUACAUCAGAUUACAGCCCUAAUUCUGGAACAGACCAAAGAGUUGUGAAUGGAGGUCCUCCACGAAUGUCUCCAAAGGCCCAACGUCACCCUCGACAUAGGGGUCCUUCUGGUAGAGCUGGAAUGUCUUCAAGUUUGGAUUUCAUACCCCACAGUGUAUCUGGAGAAAUCUCUGCUCCUGUACCUCGAAACAGUUCUUCAGGAGGAACUUGGUCAUCUGUAGUUAGUGGUGGGUCAAGUACUCGUUUAUCUCCCAAAACACACAGACCCCGAUCCCCCAGACACGGCAACCAGCCAUCUCAGUAUAAUCCUGGAAAUACACCAAGUGGAAUGAUCCUAUCUUCUCCCCAACCUGGCAGUGUCCCAGCUGAACCUUUAGCGAUACCUGCUACAACUGUAUCUCCUACUCCAGCCAGUCCAGCUACCAAUAGAGCUGUUACUCCAUCAGCUGAAGCUAAAGAUACAAGGCUUCAAGAACAAAAGCAGGGUUCACCCUCUGCAAAUAAAGAGACUCCCAAGCCUGUUGAAACUUGUGGUACUUCCCCCAGCUUAACCAAACCAGGAAUCAAGGCUACAUCUCCAAUGGCUUCAGAUCAUAAAAAACAGAUAGCAGAUUUAAAGAAAUUUAGGGAGGACUUCAGGCUACAGACUACAUCAACCCCUGAUCCAGUUGUGGAUCAGUUCAAUAAAUCCAGAGAGAGUGUAGAUAACCAACCUAAGGAUUCAGUUAAAGAAAAAAUAACAGUGAUUGAGCCAAGCAGCAAAGAAUCCGCCAGUGACAGCAGCUCCAAUGCCAACACCAGUAAUGGUAGUAGCAAGCCAAGCAGUCCCAGCAAUUCUCCGAACAUCAUCACCUCCGAGCAGAAGAGAGGACCAGAUGUGACCUCUCAAGCCGUCCAGACCACUGGCCCAAAUACCAAGGCAGAGAAAGAGGAAAAAGAGGAUAAGAAGGAAGGUACACCAGAACAAGUCAGAAAGUCUACAUUGAAUCCCAAUGCUAAAGAGUUCAAUCCCAAGGCUUUUUAUACUCCUCCUAAGCCAACAACUACACCAACACCACCACGUCCUCAAGCCCAGCCUAGUCCAUCUAUUGUGGUACAACAGCAUCCUCCUACAGUGUACAAUCAGCCAAUGUGUUUUACACAGAACAUGGUGUACCCAGUUCCAGUCAGUCCAGGAGUACAGACUACACAUAUGUACCAUGUUCCAAUGACUCCCAUGCCAAUCAACCAAGCCAAGUCAUAUAGAGCAGUACCAACUAUGCCGCAACAGCGACCAGAUCAGCACCACCCUCAAGGCACACCAACUAUGAUGCAUCCAGUUAGUGCAGCUGGCCAAAUUGUUUCUACUGCUCCAGCUUAUUCGCAGUAUGUCGCUUAUAACCCACAGCAGUUUGCUAACCAGCCCUUAGUACAGUCUGUAGCACAUUAUCAGUCACAGCCUCAAAUGUACAGCCAAGUAAUGCAAAGUAACACUCGAAUGAUGGCGCCACCUGCUCAUGGACAGCCAGGAAUGGUCCCUUCCUCCACAGCUCAGUUUCCUACUGCUGAACAAACACAUGCUAUGUAUGUUUCCCCUGGCCCGAUUCAUCAGCAGUAUGCACCACACCCAACUGCUACCUUGCAUCCACAUCCUCCACAUCCACAGCCAUCUGCUACUCCCACUGGACAACAACAAGGACAGCAUGCAGGCAGUCAUCCAGCACAAAGCCCAGUCCAGCAUCCUCAACAUCAGGCUCCUCAGACCCUUCAUUUGGGCAACCCUCAGCAGCAACAAGCAAUUUAUCAUACAACUCUUACACCAACUCCACCCUCAAUGACCCAAGGUCCCAAUCCACAGUCUCCUCAGACCAACUUCCCAUCAGCACAGCAGACAGUCUACGCCCUUCAUCCUCAGCAGGUUCAGCAUGGAUAUUCAAAUCCCCCACAUAUGGCACAUGUACCUCAGGCCCAUGUACAGUCUGGAAUGGGUCCUCCACAUCACCCUGCCACUACCCAUCCUCCUAUGAUGCUGAUGCCAGCACAACCACCAGGUGGUCAAGGUGCCAUUCCUCAGAGUGCACUGCCACCCAUUCCAGUUUCCUCAACUACACACUUCUCCUACAUGGCACACCCACAGGUGCAAGCCCAUCAUCAGCAGCAGUUGUAGUCCUGUUCUACAGUAAGCAACAGGCUGGCCAGUUGAAGCCACUUAUCCUUCCCCACCCUAAAACCUGGAACCAGAAGCACAGAGUAUUAAAAUUGUCUUCUCAUGCUAAACGAAUGUGCUCACACAUAACUUCCAGUUGUUAUCAAGUGAUUCAAUGGCUGCUGGUCUGAGGAAGUGGACUGGAGAGAAAGAAAUGAGAAUUACAGAAAUUCUGGAAUCAAUGUGUCCUGUCAACAGACCUACAGAAUGCCCAAAAUCUGUUUUCCAAUAACUGGAAUGUAUUUAUUUUGCCUGACCCUUCUAAGUUAUGAACUUCUCAUGGUGAAAGAACUAAUAAAGUUGUUUGUUCCUGCUGCAAACCAUCCUGAUUUGGGAAACCAGAACCCUCUGCUUCUAACCAAACUUGAACUCCAUCUUAUAACAAAAUCUGAUUGUGAACUGGUGGAUUAUUUAUGAAUAGAGGUUGCUGGAGAAGAGUGCAGUCACCAGACAGUGGUGUAACUUUUAAGUUAAAAACUUUUACUUUGUAGAUAAUAUUAAAAAAAACAUAAAAAAACAAAAAAAUAAAAAGUUUUAAAAACU